AUGGCGUUCACCCCGAACUCAGUCCAACAUUGCAUGGUUCUUCACGAUCUACCGUUUAUGCGAAGAAAUAUACAGUACGCCACUUUCCUGGUCAAUGUGAAUAGAUACCUAUGUCGUUUGUACUAAUAACCGUCCCAACAGAAGAUAAACUAAGCCAUGUUGCUUCGUCAUG